UACGCACAGAGUAGACUACAGGAAGGAGAACCACGUCCAGUCGAGUUUGACACAACACCUGAAACACAGCUGAUUUUGGAGUUGAUCGAAUCCUCUAUAUGCAACGCUGUCCACCAAUGAUCUGCAGAAUGAAUACAAUACUUCUGCGUAACUUUGCGAAGUUUAUUUUAUGCUGGAAUGUAAUUUACCUACAUGUUUACGCACAGGUUCAUCCAGAGGUCGGCCUCACAGCACAGGAGCAGAUGUACCUGCUGUAUGAUGUCAAAGUCGCGUGUCAUCAGAACAUCUCCACACACAACCCUGCAGAUGACCUUUGUGCCCCUGGCUGGGAUGGUCUGAUCUGUUGGCCUCAGGGAUCCCCCGGAGCGCUAACCAAGGUCCCCUGCCCCAGCUACAUCUACGACUUCAACCAUCAAGGUCAUGCAUACAGGAAGUGUGAUGUCAACGGUUCCUGGGUUUCUGUGGAGGGGUUGAACCGAACAUGGUCCAAUUAUUCCGACUGCUUAAAAUUCCUUUUACCUGGUCAAGAGGAGGAAAAGGAGGACUUCUUUGAACGGCUGUACGUCAUGUACACCAUUGGAUAUGCACUGUCCUUCAUCUCUCUUCUUGGGGCCAUUAUCAUCAUAGGCUACUUCAGACGCCUCCACUGCACUAGGAACUACAUCCACAUGCACCUGUUCGUGUCCUUCAUGCUGCGUGCCGUCAGCAUCUUUGUCAAAGACAAGGUGGUCCACACCAACGGAGGUCUGCAGGAGUUUGACACAGCGCUCAUGGACAACUACAAGACCAUCUCUGCUAUGCCCCUUGACAACUCCCAGUUUGUUGGAUGCAAGAUUACUGUGUUGCUCUUCAUUUACUUCCUGGCAACCAACUACUACUGGAUCCUGGUAGAGGGGCUGUACCUCCACAGCCUCAUCUUCAUGGCCUUCUACUCCAACACCAAAUACCUGUGGGGCUUAACCCUGAUUGGAUGGGGUGUCCCUGCUCUCUUCGUCGCCGCUUGGGCUGUUGUCCGGGCAACGCUGGCAGACGCACGAUGCUGGGAGUUAAGUGCUGGUAACAUUAAAUGGAUCUAUCAAGUUCCCAUCCUUACAGCCAUUGGUCUCAACUUUAUUUUGUUUGUGAAUAUUGUGCGAGUGCUGGCCACAAAAAUCAGAGAGACAAAUGCUGGGAGAUAUGACACUCGGAAGCAAUGCAGGAAACUGGCUAAGUCCACUCUAGUGCUGGUGCUGGUGUUCGGGGUCCACUACAUAGUGUUUGUGGGCAUGCCACACUCGUUCAAAGGGAUCGGAUGGGAGGUCCGAAUGUACUGUGAGCUCUUUUUCAACUCUUUCCAGGGUUUCUUUGUGUCCAUUAUCUACUGCUACUGCAAUGGAGAGGUCCAGGCAGAGAUCAAGAAGACCUGGACCCGCUGGAACCUGGAGUUCGACGGUAAGGGACCAGCGGCAUGUGCCAACUACCGGUACGGCCUCAAUCAGACCACUACCAGUCAGCCCCAGCCGUUGGCCGUGAUCUCGGGCACCUCCUCUCUCUUCUCCAGCCACGUGUACCGCAGCAGCCAAGCCAGGCACAGCGUCAGCACCCACACCACCUUGCCCGGCUACGUGUUCAGCAACUCUGAGGUGGAAAGCCUGCCCCCAUCCAUCCUAGAGGAGCCAGACGAGAGAGCCAAGCAGGUGGACGACAUCUCCCUCCGAGAGUCCUUACCUGUGGUGAAUACCACCAGCAUAGGAGAGGACUUGGAGGAGACACUGUAGAGAGAGAGAGAGAGUAGAGGGAAAGUGGGAAUGUACAGCUGACAACAAUUGUGUUUUUUAUAUUUUUUUGAAUGACAGGACAGAGGGAAGGUAGAGCAGGAGAUACACAGGAAUUAGGGCCACAAACAGAAAGUGGCUGAGACUGAACUCUGAACUCAAAUUCGCAUCGUCAAGAGAAUACGUGGUUCGGAGUUGGCAGCCUUAACACUAGACCACUAGACCAGACUCUAAUAUCUUUGAUGUUUUGGGGAUACUGUAUAUCACCAUAUCCUUGUCUUACGCCAGCUAGCGUUUUUUUUUUCAUGGACUGUUAUUUGUCACUCCGAGUGGUGGCUAGACAAUCAGUCAGGUCUGUGGCUAAAUAUGACUGGACUGGUGCUGCAGCUACAGACGAGUUUGUGUCUGUGUCAUUCGUAAUGCUGAAGACAAUUACAGUGCCUUCAGAAAGUAUUCACACCCCUUGACCUUUUCCACAUUUUGUUGUAUUACAACCGGAAUUUUAAAUGGAUUCAAUUUAGAUUGUGUCACUGAUCUACACACAAUACCCCAUAAUGUCAGUGGAAUUAUGUUUUUAGACAUUUUUACAAAUGAAUACAAAUGAAAAAGCUGAAAUGUCUUGAGUCAAUAAGUAUUCAACCCCUUUGUUAUGGCAAGCCGAAAUAAGUUCAGGAGUAAAAUAAUACGUUCCAUGACUAUCCCAUUUCUGUACCACACAAAUUCAAUUAUCUGUACGGUCCCUCAGUUGAGCAGUGAAUUUCAAGCACAGAUACAACAAGGACAAGGUAGGUUUUCCAAUGCCUCGCAAAGAAGGGCACCGAUGGGUAGAAGAAAAAAAAGCAGACACUAAAUAUCCCUUUGAGCAUGGUGAUGUUAUUCAUUACACUUUGGAUGGUGUAUCAAUACUCCCAGUCACUACAAAGAUACAGGCGUCCUUCCUAACUCCUGACUGAGAGGAAGGAAACGGCUCCGGCAUUUCACCAUGAGGCCAAUGGUGAUUUUAAACCAGGUAGAGUUUAAAAAUGUAUUAUAAUAAUUGAACCUUUAUUUAACUGGGCAAGUCAGUUAAGAACAAAUUCUUAUUUACAAUGACGGCCUAGGAACAGUGGGUUAACUGCCUUGUUCAGGGGCAGAACGGCAGAUUUGAACCUUUGUCAGCUCGGAGAUUCGAUCUAGCAACCUUUCAGUUACCUGCCGGUCCUAAAUGACGAAUUAAAGGAAGCCUGUACAGGAUAUUCCAAAACAUGCAUCCCAUUUGCAAUAAGGCAAGUAAUAUUGCAAAGAAAUGUACUUUUUGUUCUGAACACAAAGCAUUAUGUUUGGGGCAAAUCCAACAUAACACAUUAGAGUACCACUCUUCAUAUUUUCAAGCAUGGUGGUGGCUGCAUCAUGUUAUGGGCAUGCUUAUCAUUGUCAAGGACUAGGGAAUGUUCUUGGAUAAAAAGAAAAGGAAUAGAGCUAAGCACAGGCAAAGUCCUAGAGGAAAACCAGGUUCAGUCUACUUUCCAACAGACACUGUGUCACGUUCUGUUCUUUGUGUUGUCUUUGUUUUAGUAUGGUCAGGGCGUGAGUUGGGGUGGGCAGUCUGUUUGUUUUUCUGUGUUGGUUUUUGUGUUUGGCCUAGUAUGGUUCUCAAUCAGAGGCAGGUGUCGUUAGUUGUCUCUGAUUGAGAAUCAUACUUUGGUAGCCUUUUUCCACCUGGGUUUCGUGGGUGUUAAUUUCCUGUUUAGUGUUUUGUCAUUCACCUUACGGACUGUUCGUUUGUUGUUUAUUGUUUUUGUUCAGUGUUCAUUUUGCUUCAUUAAAUUAUGGACAUUUA